AUGAGCGAGUCCAAGGACAAGUACUUCUUCUUGCAUGAAGAAGGCCCUCCAGGCUACGUCGGUGGCUCUGGACGCGGUGCGCAAGGUUUCACAACCCGUUCAGAUAUCGGCCCAGCCCGCUCCACAGAACGGUACGUGGUUAUGCCACUCGCGGGUGGCGAGGCAAAGGAGGAAAACCUGAACGAGUCCAACUACGACGAGUUCAGCGGGUACGGUGGCAGCUUGUUCAGCAAGGGCAGCUACGACAGCGAGGACCGCGAGGCAGACCUGAUCUACGACGCCGUUGACAAGCGCCAGGACGAGCGCAGGCGACAGCACCGCGAGCAGCGCGAACGCGAGGAGCUCUUGAAAUACCGCCAGGAGCGCCCAAAGAUCCAGCAGCAGUUCUCCGACCUCAAGCGCGAUCUUUCGUCAGUCUCUGAGGAGGAGUGGGACAAGAUUCCGGAUGCGGCCGAUAUUGGCAAGAAGCUGAAGCGGGCAAAGCGACAGACACAGGAGCGGUUCACACCCGUCCCAGACUCCCUCGUCGCUGGCGUACGUUUCGUUUGGCAGCACAGCUCACUGGAUGUGCGGCAGCAGAAAUAUGGUGGUCUGCAGACGCCGCUGCCGGGAACACAGACCCUCAAGCCAGGUGCAGUGCUCGUGGUCGCGGUGGUGUUGAGGGGCGAUGUGGAUAUGAUGGAGGUCGGUGCUGCGCGUGGCACCCUGAUGCGCAUGAACCUGGACCAGGCGUCCGACUCCGUGUCUGGCCAGACGGUCGUCGACCCAAAGGGAUACCUCACCGACCUCAACUCCCUCACCCCGUCCUUCAGCGGCGACAUUGGUGAUGUGAAGAAAGGGCGAAUGCUGCUGGCGGCCGUGCGAAAGACAAACCCGAAGCACGGCCCUGCGUGGAUUGCGUCAGCGCGAUUGGAGGAGGAGGUCGGGCGCAUCCAGACGGCGCGCAACCUGAUCAUCAAGGCAACAGAGAAGUGCCCGAAGAACGAGGACAUCUGGCUGGAAGCCAUCCGCCUGCAGCCGCCAGAGCAGGCCAAGGCCGUGGUGGCGCAGGCCGUGGCUGCCGUGCCAUCCUCCGUCAAGCUGUGGAUCAAGGCUGCGGACCUCGAGUCGGACGUCAAGGCGAAGCGCCGCGUGCUCAGAAAAGGGCUUGACACGAUCCCCGACUCUGUGAAGCUGUGGAAGGCUGCGGUCGACCUUGAGUCGCCGUCCGACGCGUGCAUCCUCCUUGGCCGCGCGGUCGAGUGCUGCCCGCAGAGCGUGGACCUGUGGCUCGCCCUCGCCCACCUCGAGACAUACGACAACGCGCGUAAGGUGCUCAACCGCGCGCGUAAGGCCAUUCCCACGGAGCGCGCCAUCUGGAUUGCCGCCGCCAAGCUUGAGGAGACGGCGGGCAACGAGGCAAACGUGGGGCGGCUCAUCAGCCUCGGUAUCAAGUCCCUCCAGGGUAACAUGGUCGAAAUCAACAGGGACUUGUGGCUGGCGGAUGCGAAGGCGUGCGACAAGAGCGGGCAUGUGCAGACGUGCCAGGCGAUUGUGCGUGAGGUCAUCAACAUCGGCGUUGAGGACGAAGACAGGCUGGAGACGUGGCUGGAGGAUGCAGAGUCGUUUGUCAAGGACGAGGCAUACAACGCGGCGCGCGCCGUGUAUGCGCACUGCCUGACGGCGUUCCCUGCCAACGAGGACCUGUGGGAGCAGGUUGCAUUCUUUGAAAAGGAGCACGGCACACGCGAGAGUCUGGACGAGCACCUUCGCAAGGCCGUCAAGUACUGCCCACAGGCGGAGACGCUGUGGCUGAUGGGCGCCAAGUCUGCGUGGCUCGGAGGCAACGUGCCCGCUGCCCGCAACAUCCUGCUGCACGCGUUCACGGCCAUCCCGAACAACGAGGACAUCUGGCUGGCUGCCGUCAAGCUUGAGUCUGAGAACAACGAGCACCAGCGUGCGCGCGGGCUGCUGGAGCGAGCGCGACGUGAGGCCGGCACUGCACGCGUGUGGAUGAAGUCUGCGCGGCUGGAAUGGGUGCUGGGCAACCUUGACGCGGCGAGCGAGAUGCUGGCGGAUGCGGUGAAGCUGCAUCCGACGGCGCCCAAGCUGUGGAUGAUGCGCGGGCAGAUUAGCGAGCAGCAGGACAAGGUGGAGGACGCACGACAGUUUUAUGCGCAGGGCGUGAAGAACUGCCCCGACUCCAUCCCGCUGUGGAUCCUCUCGGCAAGGCUCGAGCUCGCAGCAGGCCAAGCGACGCGUGCGCGUGCCAUCCUUGAGCGCGGGCGCCUGAAGAAUCCGCACUGCCCCGAGCUGUGGCUGGAGUCCGUGGACAUUGAGCGGCAGCUGGGACAGCCCGAGGUGGCCACCGCCAUCAUGGCAAAGGCGCUCCAGGACUGCCCCAACUCCGGGCUGCUGUGGAGCGAGGCCAUCUUCAUGGAGCCACGCCCCCAGCGCAAAACCAAAUCCCUCGACGCCCUGAAGCGCUGCGAGAACGAUGCACGUGUGCUGCUUGCGGUUGCCAAGCUGCUGCUGUCCGACCGCCGCAUCACAAAGGCGCGCCGCUGGUUCAACCGCACCGUCAAGCUCGACCCGGACUACGGCGACGCGUGGGCGGCGUACUACAAGUUUGAGCAGCUGCACGGGGACGCGAGCAAGCAGGAGGACGUGUUGAAGCACUGCAUUGCUGCGGAGCCACGACACGGGCCCAUCUGGCAACGCGUCGCAAAGGCACCACACAACUGGGGGAAAUCGCAGGAGGAAAUUCUUAAACUUGUCGCCCGCGAAACCAAAUUCUAUUGA